AAUCACAGAAAAGCCUUCCUAGAUUUUUGUUUUGGCGAUGCAAAGGUUAAGGAGCUGGUCAAGUGACGUUGUUCAGCUUGAUCUAAGUCCGCUACCGCCGCCGCCGCCUCCUUCUUCUACCUCGAAAAACAUCCCCAUGAGCACCGCCACCGCCAUCAGUGGAGGCGGCUUUUCCAUAGACGAGGAGGAACCAACGGAGGCACGAAUCAGGAGGUUGAUAUCGGAGAACCCCGUGAUCGUCUUCAGUCAGUCCUCCUGUUGCAUGUGUCACGUGAUGAAAAAGCUAUUGGCCACCAUCGGGGUUCACCCUACCGUCAUCGAACUCGAUGACCAUGAGAUCGCUUACCUCCCUACUCCGCCUGCUCACGACGGCCUCUCCUUCCGGAAUCCUGCACCGGCCGUGUUCAUUGGUGGUACGUGCAUCGGCGGGCUCGAAUCCCUGGUGGCUCUCCACCUUAGUGGACACCUCGUCCCGAAGCUCGUAGAAGUUGGCGCUCUCUGGGUAUGAUAUACAUACAUUAAUAGCAUUAAGAAAAGAACAAGCUGCCAUUUUUAUGCUUUAUUAAAUCUGGGUUUUCCUUGUCAUUAUUAUCACCGUAACUUCUUUGCAAGUCGAUGAACAUAAAUCCAGUGAAUGAAAUUGUACUGUAUGUGUGAAAAUUUCCUAUUUUUCUCUAUUUCCUUCGAUGAAUUCGAGGAGUGGGAGUUAUGGUGUUUCAGGGAACUCGGUUUGAUCUGAGUUAGUAGUACAGUGAGCAAUGAGUGGAAUGGGACCCAUUAAAGGUGGCGGUCCAUUUGCCAAUUAUUGAGCAAUCAGAGCCGUUGAAAUUUGUUCCAGAUAGGUUCUGGAUGAAAAAGAAUGGUUAAUAUGUGAUCUGGGUUUUAAUUUUGGGUUAGUGAUGCUUUUUAACUGACAAUGACGAGCUCCAAUCAAAGAGGGGCAUGGACGCAUAAUCUGACAAUAUUCUUCCAAUUAUUAUAAAGAAAAAGGGGG